CAAAGAGUGGUUGUGCGUGAGAGAAAGUGCCUUGAAAAACGCACGGUGGAGGACCGCCACUCGUCCAGAUGGUUGGGAUGAAAUUUUAAAUUAUGGCGGGUUGUACGAUGGUGAAAAUCAGUAGCAGGUAUCAAUCCGAACAAUUCUUCAGAGCACUCUUUAUGACAAAUUCAUUAGAAGAUGCACAGAGAUGCAACAUUUCUACGCAGUUUCAGUGGGUCGAAUAUUAUCAGCACUAUGAACAUCAGUCUUACUAUCUAUAUACAUGUAAAACUCGUGUCUCGAUGUUUGUAGUCCUACUUCUCCGAAAAGCAAAAACCGUGAUCGAUGCUCAACCAGCUUCAGAGAGGGUUGACGACCGACCGAUCUCUAGUCCGCCACCUUACCCUGGUCCUCCGCAAUCUGAACCUUCAGUACAACAUGUACAUUUGAUACCCGGCACGGUCACAGUGACCCAUCCUCCUGCUGUAGUGGUCAUCGCUCAGCAGAUGGGUCCGGAACCAGCAAUUACAGUUUGUAAGACCUGUAAUCAUCAGAUAGUCACCAGAACUGACCAAAGGCCAACUAUGCGGACACACUUGACUGCUUUACUUUUGUUAUUACUUGGAUGUUGGCCUUGCGUAUGCGUCCCUUACUGUGUGAACUCGUGCUUGGCAGUCGACCAUUAUUGUACAAGAUGCGGGGCUUACAUUGGUUCUUACCAAUAUUGAAUGCAAAUAAGAGGAAUAAUAAAAAAAAUAUGCCUAUAAAAUUUGGUAAUUGCAUGAAAACAUAAUUAUAGACUAUAAAACAUAAUUAUAUAACUUCCAUAAAAAUCGGUAUUUGCAUUAUGACAAACUAAACUAAAUUAGAGAAAUAUUGUAUGUUCUGUUUUAACAGAAUUUAAUGAUAAUGUAAAAAACUAAAAAUUGAUCUGACCAUAAAACAGUACGCUAAUUGUUUAAUAGUAAUACAAAUAAAUAAUCGAUUACAUAUUAAUUAAUUCAAUGUAUUGAUAUGUUAAUUUUAAUAAAACUUAGUUAUUUC